AUGUCGCGAGUACCGGUAAGGCAAAUUAUUCCCGGUCGGAGAAACAAAGAGAAUGCAGCCGACUGGAGUGCUGAACACGCGAAUAAGAUAUCAAAGCCUUGGAAGCCAGACGCGGAAAAGAAAGAUAACAAAGGUUGCAAGGCAGGGAUGGCUCCAGGGACGGCUGGGGUGACUGACAUUUCGGCAGCUGCAGCGUUGACGUGCGUUGAUCAAUUUGUCGGUUGGGCCGUUACAUGUGGUAUUGAGGGGAUUCGUCAACAAUACUUGACUUUAAAGACGUAUCAACCUCCGAAUUUCAACGCAAGCUCUUUUCUGGUCAAUCCAACAAAGAACCGCUACCCGGAUGUGCAAUGCUUUGAAGAUACGCGAGUGAAAUUGACGCCCGAGCUGCCCGGAGAAGGCGAUUACAUCCAUGCAAAUUGGUGCAAGCUCGAAGGCCACGAAAAAGUAUACAUUGCUACGCAAGCACCAACCGAGGCAACGAUCGUCGAUUUUUGGCGGAUGUGCUGGGAACAUGAGGUGGUCACAAUUGUUCAACUUUGCAAGAUUUCCGAAGCGAGUAGACAGAAGUGUUCACAAUACUGGCCAGAGAAGCAGGGCGAUUUCAAAAACUACGGCAAAUUUUUCGUCAACAACAAAAAGGUCGAAGUCGAAGAGAAAUUCACGUCGCUCACCAUCGAAUUGCUCCCAGAAGGAUGCUCCGAUAGCCGCAUUAUAAAGUUGAUUCAAUUUGGACAAUGGCCCGACCAUGGCGUUCCACUAAAAGGUAUUACUGUCUUGCGCUUCCUUCGACUCAUUGCCACGGGUGACAAGCUUAUCACCGGCAACAUUGUGGUGCACUGUUCGGCGGGCAUCGGACGAACUGGAACGAUCAUCCUCAUUGAUUGGGUUUUACAACGUCUUUUCAACGGAGAAGGCGCGGAUGUUAUGGAUCUGUUUCGAAAACUGCGUAACCAACGGGCACACGCCAUCCAAAAUGAAGCUCAAUACCUCUUUGUCUACACAACCGUUCUCGACUACAUUUCCACCAAGUAUCCAGGCAAGUACAAGGCCGUGGUCCAGAAGUUACACGAAGAGGGAAGAGGUUUCAUUCAACACGUAAAGGAUGCGGCCGUCGAGAAGCAA